UAUAGUGUAGCUCGUUGACUCAUUGAGUCAAUUGAGUCAUUGUCAGAACUCAGAAUGUCAGCGAAAUAAAUAUGGCGACAAAUAGAGGAGCGUUUGAAAAGGAGAUGAGCCAUGGAGCAGCUGGAGGCUACACAUCAGAAUUCAGUGAAGUUGAUGAGAAUGAAAGAAAGCGGACAUGGAGAGAUGAUCAACUGUCAGGAGUUCACAGAAGACCAAACAGAACAUUUGGAUUGCCAUCAAAACAAACAAUAUCGCAAGAAUAUGACAGAGAGGAAGCAAAGAAUCACAGGUUUCAUUUACUCCGACUUGAUGCUUAUUCUCGGCACAAAGUAUACAUCAACAACUACCUGAAAUACUAUGGUGGCUCUAUGGAAGAUUUUAGGAGGGACAGUUCACGAGACAAGACUGAUUAUGACGUUCUUCGCGAACAGCACAGAUUUGUUUGGUCUGAAGAAGAUGAUAAUGACAGUUCAUGGGAGAAAAGACUGGCCAAGAAGUAUUAUGACAAACUUUUCAAGGAAUAUUGCAUAUCUGAUCUAAGUCGAUACAAGGAGAAUAAGGUGGCUCUCAGGUGGAGAGUUGAGAAAGAAGUGAUGUCUGGAAAAGGACAGUUUAUUUGUGGGAACAAAACAUGUGACAUCACUGCUGAUCUUCAGAGCUGGGAAGUUAAUUUUUCAUAUCGUGAACAUGGCGAGAAGAAGAAUACUUUAGUGAAAUUACGACUGUGUCCAGACUGUUCAGUGAAAUUAAACUAUCACCACAAAAGAAAGGCCGUGAAGAAAAAGGCUCGCAAGGAAAAGAAGCACAAAAAGGCAAAACGAAGAAGAAAAUCUGACGAGGGAAGUGACGAUUCUUCGUCCAAAAAAGAAAGCGAAGAGAGACCAGACGAGGGAAAAAGUUCUACAUCUAAGGACCUAGAAGAAGGUAGUGAUGUUUGGGAAAAGCCUGUCACUGCUGUUGUUGAAAAAACAAGAGAGGAAGAAUUUGACGAUUACUUUGAUGACAUGUUCUUAUGACAUUUCAUUAGCGCGCUGCUGUGGAACUUGGGCGUAUUGUAAGUACCGCUUUUUCAU